GACAAAACCUUCGGCCAUUCGUUUCCAUCAGAUCUAAAAUCAUGGUUUCUCAAGUUCUUACCACGUCUUUGACUACUUUUCUGAUACGUAUAUCCAUUUUCCUCAUGCGUCGCCUUCUAUUCUCAACGUCAACAGACAACCCAAUCUUCUCUGAAAUCACGAGAAUCAGUAAGACUCUCGCAGUGGCUCUGCCUGAAAGUAUUAUUGUACAACAAAGUAUCACUACUUUCAACAAGGCAGUAAACGGCUACUGGGCAAAACAGGAAUUUGAAGUAAGCCUAUGUAUUGUUUGUCCCCGCAAUGACAAGAAACUUUGUGCAGCUAUCAAAAUUAUCAAGCGCGAGUAUGAUGAGCGGAAAAAGGAACAAGUCGGUGGAGGGCAUGUAUCCGAGAGAUUGUUCGCUAUCCACGGUGGCGGUUAUUCUUAUAAUGCUGGGGCGGCUAGUAUCGAAGGAGAUGUUCUAAUUGAUCUUAGUUGUUUUAAUGAGGUCAUAUCCUCUGAGGUCAAUAAUGAAUCAUGUGUGAUUAUUGGAGCCGGAUGUAGGUGGGUGGAUGUUUCAAAAAAUUUGGAUGAGAGGGGGCUUGCUGUUGUUGGUGGUAGGAAUUCUGCAGUGGGAUUUGGCAGGUUGACUUUGGGAGGGGUCUUUUAUUCUCCUGUCCUAAAUUUGGUCUAGUAUGUUCGAAAAUAAUCAGCUACGACAUUAUCCUCGCAUCCGGAUCCCUUACCACAGCCUCCGCAACUCAGAAUCCUGAUCUCUGGCGUGCCCUCAAAGCAGGUUCUAAUAAUUUUGGAAUCGUUACUCGCUUCACGGCCCGCAGUUUUUCCAGCAUCAAAAUUUGGAGCGGAGUUCUGUAUGUACCCAAUUCUCAAACGAGCAAAGUCAUAUCCGCCUUCCAUGACGUUGUGAACCGAGUCGAUUGGGAUCACCAUGCUGCUGGCCCUUUGGCAUGCUUUACUUACAUACAGCCGCUGGGCCUCCAAGCUAUCUCCCUGAACCUAGUAUACACGAAGUCCUCCGAGAUGAAGUGGCCAGAAUAUUGGAGUAGAUCACCAUUUUCGUCGAUGUGGCGUUCUUCGGGUACAUACAAAUUGCGCACGUUAACAAGUGCCACUAAUAAAAUGAAUCCACUGAACCCCCUCCCCUCGCCGGUAAACGUCAAGUACUCGCUACGGCAACUAUCAAGAACGAUAUCGAUACACUCAACGCCACACAUGCUGUGUAUUAGAAUGAUAUUUCUUCACUGCGGAGUGUAAAAAUUUUGAUCUGUACGUUAGUUAUGCAACCUUUGUUACCAGAUUGGGUACGCAAAGGUGAUGCGAAUCCAUUAGGACUACACAAUAUCGAAGAACCUCUUGUAAUCGUGAGUUUUACGGUAAAUUGACCCCACGUCCGAGAUGAUGAAGUAGUGAAGAAAACUACAACGCGUGCAAUGGAAGAAAUUGAAACUAUUGCAAAGAAAAAUGGAACGGGUCACAAAUUAGAAAUAUUUGAAUUACUGCGCGGAGUGGCAGCGACCAUUUGAAGGAUAUGUAGAGGAUAAUUUACGCUUUUUGAGGGAUUAUUUCAGAGAUGUUGUGUCGGGGGAUUUAAGCUUGGCCUUCCUGUCGAUGGUGGUUUGAGGGAUGAUUAAUCGUAACGAUUAUCUCAUUUGCUCGAAAACUCUAGACUCUACAUGAACGGAUUGGUAUAUCACAACACAUGCUAAUCUUUUUGAACCAAAGGUCCUUCUCGUCCUUGGUGGGAUUUUUAAUACUCCGGAAGUUAAAACGAUGCCAAGUAAGUUAGAUAUUAUUCUGAUAUUUUGUAGCACUAUAAUGUAGUGGAACUCAUCA